CAGAACUGAAGGAGGAUACGCUUUCCUGAAGCAGUGGGGGCGGAAGUCAAGUGGGGUCUUUUGCUUCUGGGAAAGUUGCAGGGGAAAAGGAGGAGGAGGAGGUCCGGGUUUCUGCAGCUGUUACAGUAACAAGCAUAGGAAACGGAGUAGCGGGCCUUCCAUGCCAGCCUUUAUCCCUCCGGUUCCAGCGCUGUACCUCCUGCACCGUGCCGCAGCCGCAGCCUGCUCCGCUCGGAGGGGGUUUUGGACUACACGGAGGGCAGAGGCAGAACUGCGUCUCCCGCUCAACCUUUCCUUCCCGUUCCUCCCCCCGUGUCGCGGAGCUUGGAAAGAACUUCGGGGCCGCCGCUUUCCGUGCAGCCGGGUCCGGCGGGGCCGCCCCGGUACCGCAGCCGUGAGCUGGUGGGAUGGCAGGCGCUGCGGGGACAGAGCCGAUGGAGCAUCCCGCUCCGCACGGUGCGCACUGCGGCGGCCGCGGCCAAUGGGGGCGCGGGGCGGAGCGCCGCCAUUCCGGACCGCACCUCCGAGGCCGCUCGGGGCGGCCGGGGCUCCCCCCGCUCGGGGCGGGGACGCGCUGCUCUGCGCUGCGCUGUGAUGCGCUGCGAUGUGAUGCGCUGCGAUGCGCUGCUCGGUCCCCGCCCGCGCGCCGCGGGGCGGAGCGGAGCGCGGUGUCGCCUCGCUCCGGCGGCCGCGGCCGCGCGGCGAUGGCGGCGCGGAAGAAGCGCGUGCGGCCGCGCGGCUGGCGCUAAGUAGGGCAGCGCGGGGCGGGGGCGGCCGAGGGGCCGUGGCGGCGGCUGCGCCAUGCGGGCCGGGCGCGGGGGACCGGCCGGGAGUCGGCGCCGGGGGCGGUGCGCCCUGAUGCCCGCCGCGGGCCCCGGGGCGCCGGGGCGCUGAGCAACAGUUGGCCCCGCCGCCGCCGCCGCCCAGCAUGAAAGUGUGCCGGCGGAAAGCGCUGGCGCUGUGCCUGGGCUACGCGCUCCUGCUGCUCCUCGCCGCCCUCAACCUGCUGGAGUACAAGUGGCGAAGGGAGCCGCGGCGCUGCGGGGAGCCCCCGGCCGUCCCCCGGCAGCGGCCACCUCCGCCGCCGGCCGGGAGCGGAGCUCCGCAGCAGGGCGGGCGGCGGCAGCUGGUUUACGUGUUCACCACCUGGCGCUCCGGGUCGUCCUUCUUCGGGGAGCUCUUCAACCAGAACCCCGAGGUGUUCUUUCUCUACGAGCCCGUGUGGCACGUCUGGCAGAAGCUGUACCCCGGGGACGCCGUCUCGCUGCAGGGGGCGGCCCGCGACAUGCUGAGCUCCCUGUACCGCUGCGACCUCUCCGUGUUCCAGCUGUACAGCACGGCGGGCGCCGGGAAGAACCUGACCACGCUGGGCAUCUUCGGGGCGGCCACCAACAAGGUGAUCUGCUCGUCGCCCCUGUGCCCGGCCUACCGCAAGGAGGUGGUGGGCAUGGUGGACGACCGCGUGUGCAAGAAGUGUCCCCCGCAGCGCCUCAGCCGCUUCCAGGAGGAGUGCCACAAGUACCGCACGCUGGUCAUCAAGGGCGUGCGCGUCUUCGACCUGGCCGUCCUCGCCCCGCUCAUGCGGGACCCCACCCUGGACCUCAAAGUCAUUCACCUGGUGCGGGACCCGCGGGCGGUCGCCAGCUCCCGCAUCAAAUCCCGACACGGCCUCAUCCGGGAGAGCCUGCAGGUGGUGAGGAGCCGCGACCCCCGCAUCCACCGCAUGCCCUUCCUCGAUGCCGGCCACAAGUUGGGUGGGAAGAAGGACGGCGGGGGUGGUUCGGACUAUCAUGCCCUGGGCGCCAUGGAGGUCAUCUGUAGCAGCAUGGCCAAGACCCUGCAGACCGCCCUGCACCCCCCCGACUGGCUGCGGGGUAACUACAUGGCCGUGCGCUACGAGGACCUGGUGAUGGAGCCCAUCAAGACCCUGCGGCAGGUGUACGGCUUCGUUAACCUGGCGGUCAGCCCGGAGAUGGAGAAGUUCACCCUCAACAUGACCAGUGGCCCCGGCUACUCCUCCAAACCCUUCGUGGUAUCGGCCCGGAAUGCCACCCAGGCACUGAGCGCCUGGAGGACUGCGCUCAGCUUCCAGCAGAUCAAGCAGGUGGAGGAGUACUGCCAGCAGCCCAUGGCCAUGCUGGGCUACGAGCGGGUCAGCAGCCCCGAGGAGGUGAAGGACCUAAGCAGAACGUUGCUCAGGAAGCCCCGGCUGUGAGCGGGCAGUGCUGCGUGGCUGAGCCCCUCUGGGCUGGUGGGAGGGUGGGGGCCAGGAGAACAUUGUGGUUUCCUCCAGAGACUGCUGAAGGGUAACACACAGUAGUAAUGUGGUGACUUGGUUUUUUUUCUUUCUUUUUUCUUUUUUUCUUUUUUUUUUUUUUUUUUCCCCUUCACUUGCAUUGGGUUAGAUGCGAUUUAAAACAGAAAAUAAAGUGGAACUGAAAAUGUGUGGAAGCUCCCUUUCCCCUUCUCUAAAAUGCCGGGGGAGCCUCCCUGCCAAAACCUUAUUUAUGGAGUUCAUGUGGGCUCGAAGGUGGUAGCAAAAACUCCUGCACAAUUUCUUGUCCAUUCAUAUCUCCCUGGGUGCAGAGGAGAUGCCCUUGGGAAGCGAUGCUGAAAAUCAGGCUUUUGUAUGGAAGUAAGUGCUAAGAUGUGAGAGUAACAAACAAUAAAUGAUAUUCAUUUUUAUAAUUACCUCAAUUGUUUGGGAAUUACAGUGUUGCUGAUGUACAGCUCGAGGGGAGGCUUGCUUGGAAUAGCACCGAGGGCUUUUUUAAGGUUAUGGGCAGAGGGUUGAAGUGUAACAUUGACGUGUCCGAAGAUUGGAAGCUGUUUGUGCACACACAGGGACGGACUCACAGAUGCAGUGCGGGUUCCGUAGCUGUGUCAGAGCAGGCUUCUAUUUAACAACUGUCUUUUGUUGUUGUAUUUAAAAAGUCUUUAAAUGACACUGUAUUAGCGUCCUCAGAGUUCUGAAGUGUUUGCCAACAGAGCAGUAUUUAUUUUUGUCUUGAUGUGUGUGCCUGGGAGUUGCCGUCAAACAGAAGUGUGACAAACCUGCAGGAUUUAAAAAGACAUUUAUCAUACUGGAAACAUUAGCAUGUGUGAAAAACAAUUAAAAUUAUAUAUAUUAUAUAGUGCUAACAGUACAGUGAGAUAUUUAAGAUAUUUCUUGACGUUCAUUGGUAACAGGCGUAGCAGGGAAGCAUAGAAAAAAUGCAUAAAAUGUUGUAUUUUUCCCCUUGUUUGAGUGUCUGAGGGUGUGUUUCUGUUCUGAGGAGGGAGAACGUGUGCAGCUGUGUGUUCAUGGCUGUAAUGGAGCUGUGUGGAGCCACCCGAGCGCCUGCAUUCAGAUCCCUGUUAGGUGCUCAUUUGUGUGAGUUGUCAUUGCUCUGUGAUGGAGCCAGAUGGUGGUCUGGCUCUGUCUGGGAGCUGUGCCGGGAGAGACUGACCGUCCUGUUGUUAAACUUGAUGAAAAAUACGAGGUUUUGCUACUACUUUUAUAAUUUCCUGAAAAAAGUCCUGGUUUAAUAAAGGUCAUGUAAUGGUUGCACAUGGGAA